AUGGACGAUGACAAAGAUUCAUUUGUUAAAUUCAUUGAAGAUGAAUUAUUUGAUAAAGAUCAAACUCUCAAAAAUAAAUUCUAUCCGGAAUCAGAACAUGGAUUAUCACUUCUUGAAUUAUGUUGCUAUCAUGGAUCAGCUGGUUGUUUUAAGUUGUUAAGAACAAAAUUCAAAUCAGAAAUAACCCCUGAAUGUCUUCAAUUAUCAUUUUUAGGAGGAAACCUGGAAAUUAUUAAUGAAUGCUUGAAAGAACAAGAUCCAGAUGAAAAUUGCAUGAAAUAUGCAAUAAUUUCAAACAAUAUUGAUUUUAUUUCUUUUUUGAAGAAUGAAUAUGAAAUUGAUAUAAAUUUAGAAACAUGUGUAGAAUUAGGGAUGCGACGGUUUUACACCAUGACCGUUUAA